AUGUAUGGUGUUGAUUAUGCCGAGACUUUCUUUCCGGUGGCCAAGAUUAACUUUGUUCGCAUUCUUAUUUCUAUAGCUGCCAAUCUUGGUUGGCCUUUGUUUCAGUUGGAUGUCAAGAAUGCAUUUCUACACGGUGACCUGCUCGAGGAGGUGUAUAUGGAGCAACCUCCUAGGUUUAGUGAUGUUAUGUUGCAGUUUGGUAUGCGUCGCUCUCAUUCUGAUCAUUCUGUCUUCUCUAUUCACUCAGAUCGGGGAAGAGUAGUGUUGAUUGUCAAGAUCCAAGGAAGGGAUCAGUAUAUCUCAAAGAAAGUAUACGCUAGAUAUUCUAGUGGAGACUGGUUUAUUAGGAGCAAAGCCUACGGAGACUCCUAUGGAUCCAAACGUCAAAUUCCCCUCGUUUUCCACAUUGGGAAACUUGUCGUGUUGAAGCCUUUACCGACGCUAAUUGGGCAUGAUCACCAUCUGAUAGACGGUCCACAACUAGGCACUGUACUUUUGUUGGUGGAAAUUUAG